AUCUAAUAAUGUGAGAAAAAGUUGUUACAAAAUGACACAAAGUGAGUGUUUGUAAUAAAACAAAUAACUUCCCCAUGAUCCUCCCAACUGUCAAACAAUCAACAACAACCAUGUCCUCAUCGAUAACCUUCUUCUUCUAACUACGAACUAGGGUUUACCCCCCACUCGAUCCAAUCGCCAAUCAUGUCAUCUCAAUCGCCAUCAUCUUCCACCGAUGACUCCACCACCACAUCGCCGCUCCUCACCACCACCGACGGCAUCUCCCGCACCCGCCACUUCGUCACAUCCACUCCCUCCCUCCGCGGCGCAGCCAGGUUCCUCCGCCGCGCCAGCAGCCGCCGGAUGCUCCGCGAACCUUCGAUGCGUGUGAGAGAAUCAGCCGCUGAACAAAUCGAAGAACGCCAGACCGAUUGGGCCUAUUCACGUCCGCUUGUGAUUCUAGACCUAAUCUGGAACCUUGCGUUUAUUGUUGUGUCCGUUUGUGUACUGGUUAUGAGCCGAAAUGAGGAUCCGAAGAGGCCUUUGAGGCUGUGGAUUGGUGGAUAUGCGUGCCAGUGUUUGCUUCAUAUGGUUUGUGUGUGUGUUGAGUAUAAACAUAGGAGUCAGCAGCGGUUGGCUGAUUUGAGAUCGGAAGUUAAUAGUGGAAAUUCGAAUUCGAAUUCGAGUUUAUCGAAUUCGGAGAGUGAGCGUAGGGAUUUAGCCCUAGAUAGGUCACAGAAUGAUGAUGAGGAUUCCAGUGUUGCUAAGCAUCUGGAAUCUGUUAAUACGAUGUUUUCCUUUAUUUGGUGGAUUGUUGGAUUCUAUUGGGUGUCUUCUGGUGGUCAACAUCUUACUCAAAAUGCACCUCAGUUAUACUGGCUCUGUAUUACAUUCUUGGCAUUUGAUGUGUUUUUUGUGGUUAUCUGUGUUGCUGUGGCUUGUGUUGUUGGUAUUGCUGUUUGCUGUUGUUUACCUUGUAUUAUUGCAAUUUUGUAUGCAGUUGCUGAUCAGGAGGGUGCAACCAAGGAUGACAUUGAUAGACUGCCUAAAUACAGUUUUAAGAGAAUAGAUGAUUUUGAGAAAGAGAACGGAGAGAUCCAAAAACGUUAUGGUGGAAUAAUGGUAGAGUGUGAUACUGAUGCACCCGUUGAACGCGCUUUAUCUGAAGAGGACGCCGAAUGCUGCAUUUGCCUUUGCACAUAUGAUGAUGGAACUGAACUCCGUGAGCUCCCGUGCUGCCACCAUUUUCACACCACCUGCAUCGACAAAUGGUUGUUCAUCAACGCCACAUGUCCUCUCUGCAAGUUCAACAUAUUAAAAAACAGUACCCAAAGCGGCAGUGAUGAAGUAUAGCCAACCAAUAUCAGCUCCUUAAAGAUAUCUUGAUCCAGACCCAUCUUUGUUAUGUGAUUCUGAUGUAAAGUUUAUACCGGAUUCUUGUUUAAAGUUUGUGAACUUUUGGGAUGGAUGACUGAAAGAGGGAAAAAACCCCUCCUUUUUGGUUUAUCAUUUGGAGAUGUAAAGCUACAUAAACUGCAUGUUAUAGUGUAUUAUUAGUUUAAUACCUGUGCACUAGGAUUUUUGCAACAUGAAGAUGCAUUGUAAGUUGUUGGCU